GUGCGGGGGGCGGCGGGGCCGCGGCCGGGGGAGGGACUAGAACUUUCCGCCGCGGCCGGGCCGGACUUUCCCCCGCAGCAGCCCCAGCCAGGAGCGGCGAGCAGAGCGCAGGGAGCGGCCGCCACCCGCCGGGAACACGGACCCUCCGCAGCCGCCAUGACUCACUUCAACAAGGGCCCCUCGUACGGGCUCUCCGCCGAGGUCAAGAACAAGAUUGCCCUGAAAUAUGAUCCACAGGCAGAAGAAGAUCUACGCAACUGGAUAGAAGAGGUUACAGGGAUGAGCGUUGGUGUAAACUUUCAGUUGGGCUUAAAGGAUGGCAUAAUCCUAUGCGAACUUAUAAACAAACUACAGCCAGGAUCAGUGAAGAAAAUCAAUCAAUCAGAACUAAAUUGGCAUCAGUUGGAGAACAUUGGGAAUUUUAUCAAAGCCAUCCAAAUCUAUGGUAUGAAGCCACAUGAUAUUUUUGAAGCAAAUGAUCUUUUUGAGAAUGGGAACAUGACCCAGGUUCAGACUUCACUCGUGGCACUAGCAGGUCUGGCAAAAACCAAAGGAUUCCAUACCACAAUUGAUCUUGGUGUCAAAUAUGCAGAAAAACAAGCAAGGAGUUUUGAUGCAGGAAAACUAAAAGCUGGCCAAAGUGUAAUUGGCCUGCAGAUGGGAACCAACAAGUGUGCCAGCCAGGCAGGUAUGACUGCUUAUGGGACCAGAAGACAUCUCUAUGAUCCAAAAAUGCAAACUGAUAAACCAUUUGACCAGACAACAAUUAGCCUACAGAUGGGUACUAACAAAGGGGCCAGUCAGGCUGGGAUGCUGGCACCAGGCACCAGAAGAGAUAUUUAUGACCAGAAGCUCACAUUACAGCCAGUGGACAACUCUACUAUUUCACUACAAAUGGGUACCAACAAAGUGGCUUCCCAGAAGGGAAUGAGCGUGUACGGGCUUGGACGACAAGUGUAUGACCCCAAAUAUUGUGCUGCUCCAACAGAACCUGUAAUUCAUAAUGGAAGCCAAGGAACAGGAACUAAUGGGUCAGAAAUCAGCGAUAGUGAUUAUCAGGCAGAAUAUCCAGAUGACUAUCCUAGCGAGUACCAAGAUGACUAUCAAAGAGAUUACCAUGGUCAGUACAGUGACCAGGGCAUUGAUUAUUAGAUCUGUAUCAAAAGCUCAGUAUAUUAGUCCAUUAUUUUAUUCAGUAAAAACAAAACUAGCCUUGUGGAAUUGUUACCCGUCUUCCUACACACUAUGCUUAAAGAAAGAUUGCCUUACAUACAUUCCUUUUUCCUUUCUCUGCCCUUUCCCUCUUCUAGUUGCCUUUAGUGCUGUAACAGUUGUAGUCUACAGCAUAACCAAUAACUGCAUAUGAAGUAAAAAGGAAUACUGUGAAAGGGGAGUACUCUUGUACAGCCAAUUCUUUUAAUAAAGAUCUAUGCAUCUUCACAAUCCCCUACUUAAAUAGGUAUUUACACACAACAUCCACCCCUCAUUUUACUUAUUUAGUACUUACCUAAUUUCUGCAUGGAAUACUGAAAAGACUUCCAUGCUUACGUUAAAUGCUAAAGUUAAGCUGCAGUAUAUUAGUAAAUAAUUACUUUAUUUCUGCAGUAUGGUUUGCUUAUGUUUAAAGUCAGACAGUAGACAGGAUAAAUGUGCAUUUGUGAUUAAUUGUGUAUUCAUUCCAUUAUCUAAACUGACCAAACUCCUAGAUAUAGUUGUCGUACUAAAAAGGGAGCUUGUACAAAGUCCUUGAGCCCGCAGAAGUCCCAUGUUUUGAUGGUGCAUUUAUUUUUGUUUGUGCCAUAAUAUAUCCAUGUAGAAAUGCUUUUUCUUCCUUGAACUGUAUUUAUUGCCACAUUUCUCAUCAUAAACUGAUCCCAUUGUAUUUUUAUAAAUAUUUUUUUCUUGAAGGUA